GUCAGAUGAUUAGGCUAUCGACGCCGCCAAACGCUCCCUGCUACACGCAACGGUGCAUCGUGAUUUCCGGUGACGCCCCCGUAUCUACUUCGGCCUGGCGCCGCAAGACAAAGAGCUGAUGGACAGUGGUGGUCGAACGCAAACUCAGCCCUGAGCGACACAAAAACUCGACUAGUGGAUGGCUGAGACGCGGGACGGCUGGUGCCUGGGUCUUGGAUUGCUCAUCACGAAUUAUAGCGAUCUCAACAAUCUCAUCUCAAAUGAUGGUGUUGGUGAUGCUACAGGCUCCCUUGCGAUUGCCGUGCAGCUGAUACAUGGAAUCCAGCCCAAUUCAAUAUCCAGUCCUUCCAGCGCGCAUGGGGGCUGCAUCUUGGAGCAUUGGCACUGGGAAUGGCUUGCUCAGCCUCUCCCCAAAACUCACAAGCGGCAUGCAAAAGUCGCAGCAAGACAUGGAGUCUCGAUCGAGCAUCUCGUCAUUAAUCUGCCGUCGGCUGCUCAUCAAUCUGCUAAGAAACGCCGGCGCUGGCUAGCUGCGUGUGGUCUAGCAUGCACUGUAAGGCGGAUGCAGACCCAGCGGCCGGCUCAAUCCUGCCCAUGCCAGCAAACGUGUCUGUCAAAUCAGUCUACUGCACGCUACACCCUCAGCUUGUGCUCUGGCAAACCUUCGGGCCUUGCAACGCGUGCCAUUCGUUCGCGGACGACAGUGCGCAAACGUAGCAUGCGCGAAGCAUGUACGCCCUGGCCCGCCCUCCGCCAACUCUAUACGGGUGGGGGUGCAUGGAUGCUGGUUGGCUGCUUCACUUAGGCGAAGGCAGACGGCCGUUUUGAGACGGUUGCUUUUCCUAAGGACGCGAGACAAGGGUCAUGCAGUGGUGCGCUGCCUUGUGUCACCGACUUUACGACAUGGGCGCUGUGAAUAUUCGUACGAAGACGGGCAAAGCGGAACGGGAGCAGGUGAGAUCUUGAUCCAGGACGUCUGGAGUAAUGAGAGCGUCGUAUUCACCUCAAAGCAUCGUGAAUGUGAAUGUGACUGUUGGUCUUCGGCAGAUGCAACAAUUCGUUGCAUCGCCAUAAUGUCUCUUGAUAUUGUUGUUGAACUUGCCGCUGGGCAAGACUUCUCCGUCCAUGUUUUCAGGACAACUACCGUACAGUGUGAGUCAAAAGGUGUUUAACCUGC